AAAAUAAAAAUCGGUGAUCGAUCUUGUUUGUUCGUUUCUUCAAGUUGACUAACAAAAAUACAAAAACAACAAUUAAGCAGCUUCCUUGAGCUUUAAUUAAUCCUCCUGUAUGCUUAAUCCCUAGAGAAGAGAAGAGAAAGCUUUUCUCUUACAAGUUUGACGUUGAAGUUGCCUUGGGAUGCGUGAGUCUAUUACAAUCGGUCACCGUCAGAAUGUGUACUUAGAAUCUCUUUUCGCUGUCUAGAUUUUUGAUCUUGUUUUGCUUCAAUCGAGGGAUACGUGUAAUUCUCAAAGUAAAAAGGGAACGUUUUUGAGGUUUUACAUAGGCCAAGAGGUCAUUUGGAACUCACUUCUAGUAAGGAAAAAAAACCUUCUGCAGAUUAUGCAUGUCUAUUCCCGGGGUCAUUGAUGAUAAUGUUGACGCAGCUCUCUCUUUACCAAGUAGGACAAAAUCUCUUGGUGCCAUAUCAUUUGGUAGCAGUGACCUACCAACGACAGUAGGCAACACAGAAGUUUCUCGCUCUUCUUCAGGAAUUUCUAGCUAUAGAGUUGGAGAGUUCGUUCUGUCGAAUGGGGACUUUUAUUCUGGAUCCCUACUUGGGAACAAGCCCGAGGGUUCAGGUCUAUAUAUUUGGUCAGAUAACUGCAAAUAUGAUGGUGAAUGGAGACGGGGCAUGAGACAAGGAUAUGGCAAGAUGCGAUGGCCUUCAGGGGCCGUCUACGAGGGUGAAUUUUCAGGUGGUUAUAUGCAUGGUACGGGGACAUACACCAGGGCUGAUAAAUUGACAUACAAAGGCAGGUGGCGUUUGAAUCUCAAACACGGCCUGGGAUAUGAAACUUACCCUAAUGGCGAUGUCCUUGAAGGAGCUUGGAUUCAGGGAACUGCAGAAGGGCCUGGUAAGUAUACAUGGGUUAAUGGAAAUGUCUAUUUAGGAAAUAUGAAGGGAGGGAAGAUGUCAGGGACAGGAACGCUUACAUGGACAACCGGGGACUCUUAUGAAGGAAGCUGGUUAAAUGGCAUGAUGCAUGGAUUCGGAGUUUACACAUGGUAUGAUGGUGGGUACUAUGUUGGAACUUGGACACGGGGAUUGAAGGAUGGGAAGGGAGUUUUUUAUCCAAAAGGCAGUAAAUUUCCGGCUGUUCAAGAAUUGUACUUUAAUGCGCUGAGAAUACGAGGUCUGCUGCCAGAUUUGAGAAGUCAGAAGCAAGUCUCUCGAAUUCAACAUGCUUCUUCAGUUGACAUGGGAAAUUUUAAAAUUGGCGGAAACCGAGGAUCUCGUCGUAGUCCUUCUAUUAACCUUUCCAAUAGAAACCUAAUUAAUAUGGAGCAAUCCCGUACAACUAAUGUUUCCUUGGAAAGACGCUGGAGUCUUGAGGUUGCUAUUGAGAAACACAUUGGGAAUGAUGUAUCAAACAAUUCUGUUCUAGAUGGUGAAGAAAAUGAGUUUGAUACAAAUGCUUCAAUUCUUGAAAGAGAAUAUAUGCAAGGUGUUUUGAUUAGUGAGAUAGUGUUGAACAAUAAAUUUGCAUCAUCCAGAAGAGCAAAACGGUGGCAGAAGAAAUAUGCCAAAGAGGUAAAGAGACCAGGUGAAGCAAUCAUAAAGGGUCACAGGAGUUAUGAUUUAAUGUUAAGCUUGCAGCUUGGAAUCAGAUAUACAGUAGGAAAAAUUACACCCAUACAGAGGCGAGAAGUUAGAAAUUCAGAUUUUGGACCGCGUGCCAGUUUUUGGAUGACAUUUCCUAAAGAGGGAUCCCAGUUGACACCCUCUCAUCAGUCAGAAGAUUUCAAAUGGAAAGAUUAUUGUCCAAUGGUUUUCAGGAAUCUAAGAGAGAUGUUUAAGAUUGAUGCUGCUGAUUACAUGAUAUCCAUAUGUGGAAAUGAUGCUCUUAGGGAACUGUCCUCUCCUGGAAAAAGUGGCAGUGUAUUUUUCCUGUCUCAAGAUGAUCGUUUCAUGAUUAAGACCCUUAGAAAAUCUGAAGUGAAGGUUCUUCUCCGGAUGCUUCCAGAUUACCACAAACAUGUUCGAGCUUAUGACAACACUCUUAUAACCAAAUUUUUCGGACUUCAUAGGAUUGAACCAUCAAGUGGCCAAAAGUUCCGUUUUGUUGUAAUGGGAAAUAUGUUUUGCACGGAGUUAAGGAUACAUCGGAGAUUUGAUUUAAAAGGUUCAUCCUUGGGACGUUCUGCAGACAAAGUAGAGAUUGACGAGAACACAACGCUUAAAGAUCUCGAUCUCAACUAUUGCUUUUAUUUGGAGCCUACUUGGCGCGAAGCUCUUAUAAAGCAGAUUGAGAUUGAUAGUAAAUUUCUAGAAGCGCAGAACAUCAUGGACUACAGUCUUCUGCUUGGUGUCCAUUAUCGAGCUCCCCAGCAUCUGCGAUCUCUUAUGUCUUAUAAACAAAGUCUUGCAGACGGACUUGGAGUAGUUGCGGAAGAAGGCUCAAUGGAGGAUGAGAUCUCUCCACAAGGCCUUGUGUUGGUCCCACGUGGCAUGGAGGAUAAUAGUGUCGUCGUUGGACCUCAUGUCAGAGGCAGACGCUUGCGAACCUCAGCUACUGGCGGCGAGGAAGUGGAUCUCCUUCUUCCUGGUACAGCAAGACUCCAGAUCCAACUCGGGGUUAACAUGCCAGCUAGAGCAGAGCAUAUCCCGGGAAAAAAGGAGUCAGAGAUGUUCCAUGAUGUUUAUGAUGUUGUAUUAUACGUUGGUAUCAUUGACAUUUUGCAAGAUUAUAACGCACAUAAGAAGAUCGAACAUGCAUACAAGUCUUUGCAGUUUGAUUCUCUGUCAAUCUCUGCUGUAGAUCCUGUAUUCUACUCCAGGCGCUUUUUGGAAUUUAUGAAGAAGGUAUUCCCUCGUAACAGAGUUGCCCCUUGAAAGGCAUUUGUCGAUGCUAAAAAAUUGUGUCCCAUCUUGUUUCAUAAUGUGGCUCAAGCUUUCCAGAAUAAUAGGCGCUCUUACUGAAGUUGGAAAAGUAAAUUGUGCUACUGUGUAUAUUGCAAAAUAGUGAAAAUUUUGUGUGGGUUCUUUGAACGCAUAUGAAGUAGUUUAGAAGUAGUGUAUGAAGUUAUUUAUAUCAUUAUACUAUCUUCGUUCUUCCA